AUGGGUGCCUCGUCCGGCGCUAAGGAUCCUCCCCUGAUGUGGCGCGACAGCCCUGACGUACCGCUCACCUGGGGAUGUGGCCUCACGCCAGAUGUGGCCCCCGCCCCUGAGUCCUUCAUCCCUGAUUCCCGCACCCUGAGUCCCCAACCUGACGUCCCCCUCACCCCUGAUGUCCCUCACGCUGUUGUGCCUCACCCCCUGAUGUCCCUCACGCCUGAAUGUGCCUCACCCCUGGAUGUCCAUCACCCUGAUGUCCCCCCCCACCCUGGAUGUUCCCACAGCCCUGAUCUUCCCCUCACCCCUGAUUCAGAAAGGGAGAAUGAUGGUCGUAUAUGGCGACGCAAUCAGCUAAAGCACCUCCUCAGCGAUGCUCCCGUCGCGGAGGACAACGAUGGGGGGGGGGGGGGGGGGGGGGGGGGGGGGUGGGGGGGGGGGGGGGGGGGGGGGGGGGUGGGGGGGGGGGGGGGAAGCACAGAGUGA